AAAGCGGCAUGGCUAUUCCUCGGGCGGCGACGCUGACGGGAUACUCGUCAGUCGUUUUUUCCUUAACGCAGUGUUAUUUGGCUCUGCGAAGGGCGAGGAGGAAAGUGAAGCAGCCCAAGCGACUGCGGAUUAGACGGCAGCCCGAGAGGAGAGAGAGCCAUGUGUGUCAUAAUCUGUUCCAAGAACUGUGCAUCGAGGACAGUCGUGGGUUUUAUGAGUACCACCGCAUGUCGGUCGAGGAUUUCACGGAGUUGCUAGCGUUGGUCACGCCCUUCAUAACCAAGCAGGAGACGAAGCUGAAGAAACCCAUUCCGCCAGACCAGCGACUGUCGGUGACACUCUUCUACCUUGCCACAGGACACUCACGACGAUCACUUUCAUGGUCAUACAAAAUAAGCCACAAUUUAAUAGCAGCCAUUAUCCCAGAAGUGUGCAAAGCUAUUCAUGAUGUGCUGAAGGCAAAGUAUCUCACACUUCCUGACACUAGUGAGAAAUGGCAAAAUAUUGCAAAAGGCUUCUACAACUUAUGGAAUUUUCCUCUUUGUUUAGGGGCCUUGAAUGGGAAAAGAGUACCAGUGAGGAAAACAGCAAACUGUGGAUCUGGGGACUUUGAAACCAAAGCCCAUCACAACCUUAUAAUGUUAGGUCUGGUUGAUGCCAAUUACCAGUUCCUGUAUGUCGAUGUGGGAGAAAGAGGCCAUUCUAGUGAAUCUGGUGUGUGGGACAGGUGCACCCUGCGAGAGGACAUUGAAAAUCAAAGUAUUCAGAUCCCUCCAACUUCAACAUUGCCCUACACAAACACUGAAGCUCCAUAUGUGAUUGUAGGAGAUGAUGUAUUCCCACUUAAAACCUAUUUGAUGAAACCUUAUUCAGGAAGAAAUGUCACAAGAGAUCAAGCAAUAUUUAAUUACAGAUUGUCAAGGGCAAGGAGGGUAGCUGACAAUGCCUUUGGUAUUCUAGCCUCAAAGUUCAGAGUCCUACUCCAGCCUAUUGCCUCAAAACCCAUGUUCAUUAAAGACAUAAUAUUUGCCACUGUGGUGUUGCACAACUUUCUGCGGAUGAGAAGUGGAAAGCCAGUAAGCCUCGAACUGCUUCAGAGGGAGGAUCAAGAAAAAGGUAUCAUAAUAAGUGGUGAAUGGGAGGCAGUGCCAAUGGAAAGUCUGCAACCAAUUCCAAAAGGUUGCUCAAAUGAGGCAAAAACUGUACGAGACAAUUUCAAAGACUAUUUUAUAAGUACAGGUGCUGUGUCCUGGCAGGAUAAGAUGACAAAUUUCCAAUAAUACUGCUGCUGCCAGCAGCAGUAUUAUUAAUAUUUUCUCUAACUUUAUAUGUAUAUUUAUAGGUAAAACAUGUUAUAUAUAUAUAUAUAUAUUUUUUUUUU